GAGUAGCACAAGAUUUGUAGCGGACGCGCCCAGUGGCAGCGCGUUGCAGCAGACAGAUGAGGCUAGGGCCAAACCUAGGACUACCAAACCACGUAAGAAACUGGCCCCUUUAAAUCUUGGAGUGGAUAAGAUCCCGCCCCUCGUCCAGCUCAAACCAUCUGAGGCUGAUUCAGAAACUCUCGUCUCCACUUAUUAACCCACAAAAAAAUAAAGAAAAACUCCCUUUUGUCGACUCUUCUCCUUUUUCUUUUGUUCUUGGAAACAGCCAUCCUGAUGCGUGUACACAGAAUUUAGGCAUCGUCAUCCAAAUUUUCUUGUCUCUAUUUUUUUACGUUUAUUUGUCUGUGUAACAGUACAUGUUGUUCGCAAGUAUCAAACACAGGCGGCUUUGAAUUUUCAGGGUUUUCUGUGUUUCUUCCUUAGAUUUCAAAUGACAAAUUCUGUUUUAUAUUUCUCUGCAUAUCUCUAUUUUUUCCCUCUUGUAUUCGGUUUGACUUGACGUUGACUUCAGAUUCAUGUUCAGUGUUAAGAUGUUCAGUGUUUAAGGCCCCUCUUUUCAGGUUGUUUUUCUUGAUCUCUGUGUUUAAAGGACCCCAAAAUUUAUAUCCGUUUUCUGUUCCUUUUGGAGAACCCAAAUUUAGGAUAAAAUUCUGGGUUUUGGGGUUCAAACUAGAAGGGACUUAAUGGGUGCAAACAUAUCCGGUGCUGUAGCGGAUGGCGAUGGAGAUGGUCCUCCAUCGAGGCCAAGACUCGGUGACAUACCAGAGAGCUGUGCGGCAUUGGUUUUGGCGCAGUUAGACCCACCUGAGAUUUGCAAAUUGUCUCGGUUGAACCGAUCUUUUUGCGGCGCUUCAUCGGCUGAUUUUAUAUGGGAAUCGAAAUUGCCUUCCAAUUAUAGGUUCAUUGUGGAGAAAGUGCUAGGAGACACAACUUUGUUGACUCUGCAGAGGAAAGAACUUUAUGCCAGGCUGUGCAGGCCUAUUCUCUUUGAUGCUGGCACAAAGGAGAUAUGGUUGGAUAAGAGUACAGGCGGGGUUUGUUUAUCAAUUUCUUCCAAGGCGUUGACAAUUACAGGGAUUGAUGAUCGAAGAUAUUGGAGUCAUAUUUCCACCGAGGAAUCGAGUUCUGAAUAUGAAAUGGCAGCCAGAGCAGUGAUAUCUCUCUUCCCUUGAUUUGGCAUGGCAGAUAUCCUACAGUAGCAUACCUUCAGCAAAUUUGGUGGUUUGAAGUAGAUGGAGAGCUUGAGUUUCAAUUCCCGGCGGGAACAUAUUGCCUAUUCUUCAGACUCCAGCUUGGGAAAUCCUCAAAGAGGCUUGGUCGCCGGUUUUGUAACGCUGAGCACGUCCAUGGCUGGGACAUAAAACCCGCCCGAUUCCAGCUGACAACCUCAGACGGCCAACGUGCUGUAUCCCAGUGUUAUUUAGACAACCCCGGGAACUGGGUUCUCUACCAUGUGGGUGAUUUUAUCGUCGAGAAUCCUAAUGCAUUGACAAAAAUCAAAUUUUCCAUGACCCAGAUUGAUUGCACUCACACCAAAGGAGGCCUUUGUGUUGAUACUGCUCUGAUAUACCCCAGUAGUGUAGGGAAAGAGUUUAGAUCAUCAUGUCCAUGAGAAAUUGAGAGCUGUAAAUAUCGAAUUGUAAUCGAGCUAGCUUGGUUUCUGUUUACGGAAAAAUAGAAUAUAUAUUGUUUCCGUUGAUCGAGUAUAAAUCUUUUCUUCCAGUUAUAGUUUUUUCUGGAAAAUAUAACAAGUCCUGCUACCGACAA